GUUAGGUCCUUUUGAAAUGUGACCGCCCUUUCGUUUCAGCGACCUUGAACGGCUUGAUUAGAGGCGGUCAUUCCGUAUUUCAAUUGCCGUGGGUUGGUUGGUUUGCAUGAGUAUCAAGUUUUUUCAUAUAUAAGUCAUCCUAUGCUACAUAAAAAGCACGAAAUAAAUAGCAAAACCAUUAAUUUAGCGUUCUCUGUUUUGUAGUGUGCACUUUGGCUCUGUUGUUGCUUUGUAAUUUGAUCUUUGAUCCCAACAAUUGUAGUAAAGCUAAACGAAAUGUCAAGUCACAGGUAAAUCUCAAGUAUUUGUAGUAUUUCCUUGGGUUAUUAUUGUUGCAAGGAAUAACUGUUUAAUAAUUAGUCAUGUCUGUUUUUAGUGCUUCAUCCUCAAGUGACAUUUCAGUCGACCUAACCGAUGCCUUUCGAAGUAUGAUACUGAACAAGCGUUUCGUGUUGUGGGAUGAUUUUGAAAGUGCCUUAAAAGAGUUCCAAAAAGUAUGGAACUAUAAUUUUAUCGCUUCUCAGACUACUUAUACUCGUUACAUCCACACAGAAAGCAGAUUGCUGAAGGAUGUCAGGUUCAGAUACCUGUUUGUAUCGUUUAAUUGUACGUUUGGUCACAAACGGAAAUCGGAAGGUUUGAAAGUGAGGCAAAAAUCGUAAGAUCUUUAACUAAUAUCUUAUGUUUAAGGUCUAAAUUCCGUAAUUGUCAAUCUAAAUUCCGUGUAAGACUAGAAGAGCAAGGAUAUGUCAUCAAAUCCUACAAGAUGAUACACAAUCAUCCAUGUAGUAGUUCAUGGAUGGUAUGUGAUCCAUGGACAAGGAGAUUAUCGUCGGAAGAAAAAGAGAACUUGAAGCCCGUAAUACUUCACUGUGAGUCAGCAGACGAAGUUAUCGAAAGUAUUAAGGAGAGAACUGGUAAGCAAGUAACUGCUGCCGAUGUCAAAGCUAUGAAAGCUACACUCUCCACUGCAAGUAAUGGAUAUGCUUAGACAAAAAGGAGAAGUGAGGGAGCAUUUAGAAAAUGGAUAUGCGACGAGAAUAUGUUUCAGUAGUUAUAACCAAAUACAACUCUAUAGGAAAUAUCCAGAAGUCGUGUGCAUUGGAUGGCACGUAAGACAAUGUGGGCCCGUGCCUUUUACGGUGAUGUUUUAACAUUGGGUAACAGCACGAAUAAUCGUGUUGAAUCGCUAAAUCGGCAAGUAAAACGAUAUGUACGAAAAAGUGACAGUCUGUACAAAUGUAUGUACAAGGCUUUAAAAUGGAGUGAAAUGAUGUCAACUAGAAGAAGUGUCGAAGAUCAAUUGAUAGCCGGAAGAUAUUAUAAAUAUAAUGCUCCACAACGUUUAAUACCCUUGCUAAAUAUUUUGACGCCAUUCGCAAGAUCUAAAGUGUUAUACGAGCUUAAACAAAUGCGUUUUGUCUACGUAGAAUAUGAAAGCGGCGACUGGUUGUUCAUGGUUGACCGUGGACAACAUUAUGAAGUCGAUAUAAGCAUUUGUCGAUGCAAUUGUAGCAUGUUUAUGAUGUGUCGAUAUCCCUGCCGUCACAUGCUACUUGCCUACGUUAAAAGAAGAAAUCUUACAGGUAAGCUAUAUCAAUAAUGAAAUACUAACUGCAUAGCUCAUCAACUUCUUAGGUAUUGUAGCAGAUGGAAGUUACACAAUACCCAGAACUUCCAAAAUUAUACAUUAACUGCAUUACCACGACGGAGUGAAGAGUAUGUAAGUAUUCAACGCAGCCAAAGAAUCCAUAAACAUCGCAUCAUUGAGAAGUAUGGUGAACGCUUCGCAACAGAAGUUGAGAAGAAAGUUGACAAUUAUUACUUAAGAAUUCUUAAUACCAACUUGUAAACUUGAUUUUCUGCUUUAGCAGCAAUGAUUUUUCAAUAAACUUUCAUAAUUUCAA